AUUGUGUUCCGUCAGACUUGGACAUACUGACUACGUUUAAUAAUGUUUAGUAAAAGUACUCGUUUUUUAUCGAGAAGACUUACCAGUGCAGCUAGUUUGAGGGUUGCUCGUAAUCUUCAGCUACAGGCAAAUGAAGGCUAUUUGCAUAAUCCUGGCAGCGAGCCCCUGUUCCAUGCCACUUUGGGCGACGUGAUAGCGGAGACUGCGCAUCGAUACCCAGGCCGUGUAGCCAUCCGGUCCAUACAUGAAGACAUCUCCAUAACUUACGAUGAAUUGUUGAGCCAAGCUGAUUCCUUAGGAUGCGCACUAAGAGCUAAUGGCUUCGAGAAAGGAGAUAGACUGGGAAUCUGGUCUCACAAUUGUGUCGGAUGGGUGGUGGGUCUCGUGGCAGCCGCUAGAGUUGGACUUAUAUCGGUUUUUAUCAACCCCGCGUAUGAAACGAAUGAGGUGAGUUUUUGUAUAAAAAAAACCCAAAUGAAAGGGUUGUUGAUCGGCGAUACGAUUAAGAAUAGAGAUUAUAUUGGACGAUUAAACAAAAUCUUACCAGAACUACGAACGUCAAAGGAGGGAUCACUUUCAUCACAAAUAUUUCCAAAUCUAAGGUCUAUUAUGACUUUAGGAAAAGAUACGAUUAAUGGCGUCUCUACCAUAGACAACCUGAUAAAUAGUUAUAAAAAUAAUUGUGCAGUUUCCAUAUAUGGAAAGGAAAUAAAACCAGAGGAUGGCAGCAUUUGUCUCUUCACAUCUGGUACAACGGGCGAUCCAAAGGCUGCUAUCGAUUCUAAUUUAGCAGUAGUUAAUAAUACAUAUUUUUCUGGAAAAAGAUUGCUAUUAAACGAAGAACAUCAAACAGUAUGUUUACAGGCACCGUUGUUCCAUGCUCUGGGCUCAAUAGUAACAUUAAUCUCUGCAUUGCAACAUGGUUCAACGAUCGUCAUCGCUGCCCCAAUAUACAACGUAGCUGCUAAUAUAAAUGCGCUUUGCGCUGAAAAAUGCACAGUCGUUACUGGUACACCAACAAUGUACAUAGAUAUGCUGUCACAAAUAGAGAACAUGGGCAAGCUGCCCAUCAAAUUGCGUUUAGCUCUUGCAGCCGGCGCACCCUGUAGCCCUCAGUUAAUCAGAAAAAUGCAUGACCAAAUGAAAACUGAAUUCGUGAGCGCACUUUAUGGACUGACAGAAACCACAGCCUGCGUGUUCCAAUCGUUACCUGGAGACAGUGUCGAUGUUGUCGCCGAAUCUGUUGGUUAUUUAGCUGACCAUACUGAGGUGAAGGUUAUUGAUGAAAAAGGUGAAAUAUUGCCAUUUGGAGUUCCUGGAGAAUUAAUGGUUAGAGGAUACAAUAAUAUGAUUUGUUACUGGGAUGAACCUGAAAAGACGAAAAAGACUUUAAGAGAAGAUGGUUGGCUGUAUACGGGAGAUAAGUUUACAUUAUCUCCAGAAGGGUAUGGAAAAAUCGUUGGGAGGUUUAAGGAUAUAAUCAUACGGGGCGGAGAGAACAUUGCGCCGAAAGAGAUCGAGGACCAGUUGAUCACACAUCCAGACAUAAUAGACUGUCAGGUAAUUGGAGUACCAGAUGAAAGACUCGGCGAAGAACUUUGCGCGGUUAUAAUACCAAGAGAAGGAGCGAAAUUCACACUAGAUAACAUGGCGAAACAUUGUAGUGGAAAAUUGGCUCGUUUCAAAAUUCCUAAACUUUUAAAGACUGUCGACGAGUUUCCUAGAACAGCAUCAGGUAAAAUACAGAGAUAUAAAAUAAAGGAACUGAUUGAGUCUGGAAAAAUAUAAAUAUACUAUAGUAUAUGUAUAUCUGUCUAACUUUUAAUUUAAAAAAUACGCCACAGUAUCUCCUCUCACAUUGAAACUGUCACUUUUAUAUUAUAUUACCUACUCUGUAUUGUAUUGUAUUGUACUCUGUGUAAUUGACAUUAAUUUGAUAGCAUGUUGAAGUAUUCUUAUACUUUUCUGUAUUUUGUAUCCCUUAAAAAAUAUAAAUAUAAAAAUGA